UGGAGCCGUGGUUCCGGCCUCUGCAGCCCAGACGCCGCUCUCCGAGGGGAGGGGGGCUUCCAAACGGGGUCUUACUUUAGGGGCCCUCUCAUGGCUUCCCAGGAGAGGGUGGAGGCGGUGACUAAAGGAGCUGGGUUCUGGCGCUGCCCCAAGCCGGCCACAUACACCCCAGGGACCUGCGAGCUGCUCAGAGUGAUGAUGAAGGAGUCCAGGCUGACUAACUUCCAACAGCGCCACAUCAUGGACACCAUGAAAAGAGGAGAGUCGCUGCCCCUGCAGUGCAGCCCGACGUCCAGCCAGAGGGUCCUGCCCGCCAAGGAGCCGGCCUCAGCCACCUACCUGCCGCCCAUCCUGGCGGCCCAGUCCCACCUCCGGCCUGCCAGUGUGUGCCAGGCCAACGGGGCCUACCACCGGGAGCAGUUCAAGCCUCAGGCCACCCGAGAUCUGGAGAAGGAGAAGCGAAGACUUCAAAACAUCUUCGCCAACGGGAAGGACUCAGAGGAGCGGAGGAGAAAGCCCCCUCCCGCAAGGCACCAGGACCCGGCCCCUGGGCCGGACCGCUUCGAAGAACUGGUGAAGGAGAUCCAGGAGAGGAAAGAUUUCCUGACAGACAUGGAGGCCCUGGGGCAGGGCAGACAUUACCGGGGCAUCAUCUUUGCUGAAAUCUCCCAGAAACUCCGGGAAAUGGAAGACAUUGACCGCCAGAGGAGUGAGGAGCUUAGGAAGGUCCUCGCCAAGGUUUAGCCUGUCCCCAGAGGGGGC